UAUUCACUGUAUAUAGCACACAGUCACGCAUGAAACCUGUCCGAGCUUCAACACUAAGCAAUGGCGCUAUUAACUUAUCCCUAAUCUGGAGUUGCCAUUAGGGUUCCGGACAGUUUCUGUUUCUCAAGCAAUCUCUCACUGUACUGAUAGAAUGGAGAGACGGAAAUUCGACAGAGCCUUCGUGGCCUCAGACUCCUCCACAAGGCCUUCUCCUUCUCCUCUUCAACCUAAUUAUACUUGCAGAAAAGUUCAGAAAGCAUUGGAACACCUAGCAACUAUUGAUCUGCUUGACUUGUGCAAUGAGGCAAAGGUUGAGCAAUGUCGGGCAACAAGAGACUUGAGAAGCUGUGGACGCUGUGUGCAAAAUGUGUUAAACUCUUGUGGCCACGCAUCCUUGUGUGAUGAAUGUAGUCAACGCUGUGAUAUUUGCCCAAUUUGCAGAAUUCCUAUGCCUAAGAAUGGAAAUAGACUUCGGCUUCGGCUUUACAAUGAAUGCAUAGAGGCUGGUCUUAUAUCCAAAAGAUGUGACGACAGGUUUCAAGAGAAAGACGAUGGCGAGAAACAUAUAUCUGCUGAUGUCCAACGGCUUUAUUCUCUAUUUGAUGUUGCCUUGGAGAACAACUUGGUUUCUCUGAUUUGCCAUUAUGUUAGAGAUGUUUGCAUGGAUGAAACUGCCGUGUCUAGUGAUCCUGUUGUUGCUUUCUUGCUGGACGAAGUGGUUGUCAAAGAUUGGUGCAAGCAGACAUUCCAGAAUACUAUAACAGAGCUUCAAUGGAUUUAUAAUCUAACUGUACAGGAGAUGAAAGAAUUGUCAAGUGCACUUCUUAAAUUUUCAGCAAAGCUGACUGGCAUAUCUAAUGUUCUUGAAGUUUUGGAAUCAUCAUUUAAGGGUUCUCUUUUUGCUCAUCUUCAUGAUCUGCACCACCUUCAUGAGAGCAUAUUGAAGACAAAGCAGCACAUGGAGAUGAUAAUUUGGUGCACAAGACAUCAAUUUCUCGAACACGUCAAGCCUCGGCACACUGAUUUCACAUCUUGGUAUUCACUUUUCCGUAAAAGGAAGUCAGCGGCAAUUAAGCGUGCAUGGCCUGAUUCUGCUGGACAAGAUGUUUCCUUGCUGUUCAUUGAAGAAGCAUUGUCAAAUCUUGAUAUAGCAGAGGGAUAUCCCCAUGAAAUAGUAGACAAAUUAGAAAUUUCAUCUUUGCAGAGGAAUGGGGGCUCAUCAUUUUUCCAGUCUAAGAUAGAGGGUAUGGCAGGGUGCUAUCCAUUUGAAAAUCUGCAAGCUGCAACUGACUUGCUCUUUCUACAUGGAAAUUCUGAUCUGGUGGUUGCUAAACAAGCAAUUUUCUUGUAUUAUCUAUUCGAUCGGCACUGGCAAUUGCCUGAUGAGAAAUGGAGAUAUGUUGUAGAUGACUUUGCAGCUACCUUUAGUAUUACUCGGCGUUCCUUACUGGAAUCAUUUACCUUUUACCUUCUGGAUGACCACACUGAUGAAGCUUUGCAGGAAGCCUGCCGCCUUCUUCCAGAAAUUUCAGGCCCAACAACCCAUCCUAAGGUUGCACAAGUUCUGUUAGAAAGGAAAAAUCCUGAUGCAGCUCUUAUGGUUUUACGGUGGUCAGGGCGUGAUGGUGGAGCACAGUUGGUUUCACUAGGUGAGGCUGUCACUGCUGUUUGGGUGAGAGUGGAGUGUGGACUUCUGACUGAAGCAUUCACAUACCAGCGAAUGCUCUGCACAAAAGUCAAGGAACAGAAGUUGAGGAAUCAAUCCGCUCGAAAUGCUUCAGAUGAAUUAAAAGAUGAGUGCCUCUCUUGGACGAAGUGGGUGGAGGUGCUAGUCACUGAAAUUUGUUGUCUUUGUAUCCGGAGGAACUUGUUAGAUCGAAUGAUAGAAUUGCCAUGGAAUUCCAAUGAGGAGAAACAUCUCCAUAAGUGCCUGUUAGAUUUUGCAAUGGAAGACCCUUCAACAACUAUUGGAAGUCUUCUUGUGGUAUUCUAUCUACAGCGCUUCCAAUAUGUAGAGGCAUACCAAGUUGAUUGUAAACUUAAGUGUGUGGAGCAGGACAUUUCCAAUAAUUAUGUCAGUGAAGAAGUCUUAUCUAGAAUAAGAUCGGCAAGUCAUUGGCGAACCAAAUUGGUGGAUAGAAGUGUGGAGUUGCUGCCAGAAGUCCAACGGCAACAACUAAAGACUGGAAAGUUGCCUGAAGUUUGCUCUUCUCCUGCUAAUGCAGUUGAUUUUCCAAGAGUAGAACCUGUUUUGACCAGUUUAUUGGUUCCUUCUUCCUUUGAAUCUUCCUUUGCUAACCAUGCGGACAACACAAUUCCUCCCUUGAAACCAUCAGUUCUUGAAAUUCCAUCAAAACUAAGUGGAUCUGUCAAUGUAUCCCACUUUGAAUUGGGUAAUUAUGGCUCACCAUCCAUUCGUCGUGCAAAUGUUUUCAAUGAUGCAGAAAAUGGAUUGAAUUCUCAAGGCUGCUUUAACAAAAACUUCAGAUUCGAUAACAUCUCCUCUUCUGCAAUUCGUCGGGUUAGUCCUAUGGCUGCAAUACCUCUAAAAGAACUCAACAGACGUUCAUCUAGAGUGCCUCAGAACAACAGAAACCUCCACGAGGAUAAUGAAGUCCCUUCUGAAAAAGAACAUAAUGUAUUCAUUCAACAGUUCCCAAGUACUAGUCCAUAUCCACGCAGGAUUGCAGCUAAUCCCAUAAAAUCGCCUUAUAGCAAGCAGGGUGUGCUCAAUGAUUCUUCUCAAGACUCAUACCUGAAGGUUGCUGGAAAUCACAUCUCGCCAGACAGAGUUGAUAAACCUUGGAAUGUGGCUCCAUUAGAUGAUUUAAUGGACGUCUCUUGGAGGUAAAAGUUCACAUUUUCUUUUUCUUUUUUAUUUUUAUGCUUCCUUUACUGCUUGUGCAGUUGAUCAUUCAUAAAUCUUAACUUCUUCACUUUGAUUCACCUACAAAUCAUAAGCCAUGAAAACAAGGGUUUACCUGUUGUGGACACAAAUGCAAAUGGUGGACCAAGAUGGAGGUCCGAUGAUGCAAGUGAGGAUGAAGAGCAGCCGAGUCUGGAUAGAUUCACAGGAGUAGUGUCUUAUAAAACGCCCAAGACGGAAAUCAGAGGCAGCAGGUUUGCCAGAAGAUGAAGGACCUAUCUGUCUUUGAAAGCGGGGGAGAACGUAAAUACCUAGCAGCAACAGACCCAAAACUGUUUUUUUUUUUUCCGAAUCAGAGGGAGCUCUGCUAGAAGUUUUCAGUUGCCAUGGGAGGGCAGCAUCCAUUUAAACCACACACUGGUUUAAGGUUUAGUGCAUGAAGCUGAGUUAUAAUGAUUAAUGAAGGCCAUUUUCCUUUUCAUCUACCUCCUCUUCUUGUCAUAUUGGUCGCACCUGGAUUCUAGUUAAUUAGAAGAGCAAUCCAUAUAAGGUUGGCGCAUUUUUGUAUUUUAACGUCUUUUUUAUUUCUUUGCGAGUGUUAUUAAUGAUAAUUUACCUCUUCCCUGAGUGUGAUUACGAUGUUAAUUUCUGUCUUCCCGAGUGUUAUUACGUGUUUAUGGAAUUGUAAUUUAAUUUAAGCCUGGACAUGGAUGUGAAAAUCCAAGUUUCUU